GCUAAGAAAUCCGUUAAUAUCAACAAUAUACGUAAUUUUUCGAUUAUCGCUCAUAUCGACCACGGCAAGUCGACACUUGCAGACCGUUUCAUUCAAAUGUGUGGUGGAUUGCAAGACCGUGAAAUGCAGGCUCAAGUCCUAGACUCUAUGGAGCUUGAGCGUGAACGUGGGAUUACCAUUAAAGCGGCUUCUGUAACCUUGUACUAUACCCAUCCAAAUGGGCAAGAGUAUCAAUUAAACUUUAUUGAUACACCGGGACACGUGGAUUUCUCUUAUGAAGUAUCGCGUUCUCUUGCAGCUUGUGAAGGUGCAUUGUUGGUUGUCGAUGCUGCACAAGGGGUUGAGGCGCAAUCUGUUGCAAACUGCUAUACCGCAAUUGAGCAGGGUUUAGAAGUACUACCUGUCCUGAAUAAAAUCGAUUUGCCACAAGCAGAACCUGAACGUGUUAUUCAUGAAAUCGAAGAAAUUAUCGGUAUUGAAGCAACACAUGCACCAACAUGUUCGGCAAAAACAGGUCUAGGUGUAGAGUCUGUUUUAGAGACAUUGGUCGACAUUAUUCCAGCACCGCAAGGUGACCGUGACGCACCUUUACAAGCCUUAAUUAUUGACUCUUGGUUUGAUAACUAUUUAGGUGUUGUAUCACUUGUUCGUAUCAAACAAGGUCGUGUGCGUAAAGGCGAUAAAAUGUUGAUGAAAUCAACAGGUCAAUCGCACAUCAUCACUUCGGUUGGUAUUUUUAAUCCAAAACAUACUGAUACAGAAGCGGGUGAAGUUGGCUUUAUCAUUGCUGGGAUCAAAGACAUUUUUGGUGCGCCAGUUGGUGAUACGAUUACCUUGGCAACCACACCUGAUGUUGCAACUUUACCGGGUUUUAAAAAGGUAAAACCACAGGUAUAUGCGGGUUUAUUCCCAAUUGAUGCCAGUGAUUUUGAACCAUUCCGUGAAGCGCUACAUAAGUUACAAAUUAACGAUUCUGCGUUGUUCUUUGAACCUGAAAGCUCAGAUGCUUUAGGUUUUGGUUUCCGUUGUGGCUUCUUGGGAAUGCUACACAUGGAAAUUGUACAAGAACGUCUAGAGCGUGAGUAUGAUUUAGACUUAAUCAGUUCUGCGCCAACCGUAAUCUAUGAAGCAUUGAUGAAAAAUGGUGAAACGAUUUAUAUCGAUAGCCCAUCUAAAAUGCCUGACGGUUCAACAGUUGAAGAUUUACGCGAGCCGAUUGCUGAAUGUCAUAUUUUAGUGCCUCAAGAAUACUUGGGUAAUGUCAUGACUUUAUGUAUCGAGCGCCGUGGUGUGCAAAAAGAUAUGAAAUUCUUGGGUAACCAAGUAUCAAUUACCUUUGAAAUUCCAAUGGCAGAAGUGGUUAUGGAUUUCUUUGAUAAAUUGAAAUCUUGCUCACGUGGCUUUGCUUCACUGGAUUACAAUUUCGUGCGUUUUGAGAGUUCAUCUCUAGUUAAGGUUGAUGUGUUAAUUAAUGGUGAUAAGGUUGAUGCUUUGGCAAUGAUUUGUCAUCGUAAUGAUGCACGUCACCGUGGUAUUGCUUUAGUUGAAAAGAUGAAAGACUUGAUUCCGCGUCAAAUGUUUGAUGUGGCGAUUCAAGCUGCAAUUGGUGCACAAAUCAUUGCACGUUCAACAGUCAAAGCGAUGCGUAAAAACGUAUUGGCUAAAUGUUAUGGUGGUGACGUUUCUCGUAAGAAGAAACUGUUAUCGAAACAAAAAGAAGGUAAGAAACGCAUGAAGCAAGUGGGUAGUGUUGAAAUCCCACAAGAAGCGUUCCUUGCUGUGUUAAAAGUAGAAAGA